AUGCAACCAAGAACACGAAUUCCCGAGUUUGCAGAAUUAGAAAACUAUAAAAAUCUUGGGCUAUUGACCCAGAUGCAACUCGAUUUACUCUAUCGAAGAGUAAAUGGCGAGUCUUAUCAACAAAUACGGAAUGUUUACUCAAUUUCAAAGACGACAGUAGCACGCGCAAUCAUGCGCACUGCUACUUGUCGUUCAUGGACAAAAGGUCAGUCAGGGGGUGGUAUGACCCUUUUGUCACUACCAGAUGAAAUGCAGUUCAAAAAACUUGUUCAAGAGAUGGCAGACGACUUGAACUGUAUUACAACAUCAAUGGCCAUUGCUGUCUGUACGGAAUUACAAAAUAGGAGAUUAAAAUUUGCGGCGCGGGUACUAAUCGCUGCAAGAUGCCCGCAUCUUCUAGCGAAGCUCGCUGAUUACUGCCCAUCGCCAUCCCGUGGCUGGCUUAAUCAUAUCGCCACAAGAUUGUCAAUUCGGAUUGUGAGCUCCCAAACUAUUGAUAUGCUCCGACGCUCUACCUGUGACGCAAACCAUAUUCGCCAAUUUUUCCUCUCCAAGCAUAGAUAA